AUGGACUUCGUGAUCGGCGGCCUAGCGGGUGCGGGGGCGACUAUAUUCACCAAUCCAAUGGACGUGGUGAAGACCCGAUUCCAGCUGCAGGGUGAGCUCCGGGCCAGGAACGAGCACACUCCACGCUACAGGGGAAUAUUUCACGCGUUGUACGUGAUCGCGAGGAACGAUGGUGUGCUGGCGCUACAGAAGGGUCUGGCACCCGCCAUGCUGCUGGGAUUUACGAUGAACUCAGUGAGGCUAGGAAUGUACCACAUUGCAGAGGUGCAGGGUAUGACAAAGUCGAAGAACGGUGACAUCAGUAUUAACAAGACCAUCUUCUGGUCGAGUAUGAGCGGUGUGUUGAGUGGCGUGGCUGCCAACCCUGCCUCCGUACUCAAGACCAGGAUACAAGCUGCAGCGCACCCUAGUAUCGCUGUUGGGCGACAAUAUCGCUACAAUGGUAUGGCGGAUGGCUUCAUAACGAUCUACAAGAAUGAGGGCAUAAGGGGUUUCUUUGCGGGGGUUAACGCAACAUGCGCAAGAUUGGCAGUAGGCAGUGCCGCUCAACUAACCACGUUUUCCACUGCCAAAGAAGUGUUGCACUCGUACGGUAUUUGCCAACGAUCGCCGCUCGGCCUCGCGUUCUCCGCGAGUGCCCUCAGCGGCGUCAUGGUCGCCAUAGCUAUCUGCCCCUUUGACGUCACAGCAGUUCGCCUAGUGAAAGCGAAGAUUCUAGAACUCGGCUUCUGCGAAAGCUCGCCCGCGACGCUCGCUUUCGCCGCGAGCCUUGUGUGCGGAGUGUUGUGUGUGCUUGUCGAAACGCCUUUGGACGUUGUGAAUACACGACUUUACAAUCAGGGUCCUGCAUCCAAAGGUGAGGUCCUGUACAAGGGCGUGUUCGACUGCCUAAGAAAGAUUUACAUCACUGAAGGCUUUCACGGCCUGUAUAAAGGCCUUGGGCCUCUCUAUUUAAGAAUUGCUCCGCAUACGACUCUGUCCCUGGUCAUAUGGGAUAUGCUGAAUAACCUAUUCGAUAAAAAUAAAAAGAGU